AUGGAGGUGCCGGGGGAGCUAUCAAUAGACAUGGCCGAUACGAUUAACACCGAUCAACCAGACGACGGGUUAUCGCAGUCGUUUAGUCAGGGCCAGGAGUCAUCAGAGGAACCCAUAUUUGGCAGCGUAAACGAUUCUCCCAUCUCAUCUCAUAGCCGUCUCAGGAGUAUCGACGAGAGUCCACGGGGCUCACGACCUGGUACAGCGAAUCAGAAUACCAGCAGAGAACCGGGCAAUGGGUCUGGCGCUUCGAACAAACCGGGAGCACCGACGGAUUGGUAUAUCGAAGGACCUGGCAGAAGAGUAGGGUAUGACGACUUGACUGCCAUUGACUGGAUAUUUGAGUAUACAAAGGAAAGGCAACGAAUACGGCAUCUGAAUGCGAAUAACCCUGGCUUGCUUGGCACAUUCAGGCAGCUGCUAGACGCCAGCCAGGUUUGGAUGGUACUAGUUAUGACUGGUUUGGCUGUUGGCCUUCUAGCAGGAUGCAUUGAUAUUACGAGUCGAUGGCUAGCUGAUAUAAAAGUGGGAUACUGCAAGUCAGGCGUGGAAGGGGGUAAAUUCUACCUCAACCGAAGCUUUUGCUGCUGGGGAUAUGAUGACCCGGCCAACUGCAAACAUUGGAUUUCGUGGCACGAUGCUUUUAAAAUCAGCUCCAAAGCAGGUGGUUUUGUUGCAGAAUAUAUGGUUUUUAUCAUGUAUUCAAUCCUGUUCGCCACAUGCGCAGCAGUCCUUGUCACAUCCUAUGCAACCCACGCUAAACAUAGCGGUAUCCCUGAAAUUAAGACAAUUUUAGGGGGUUUCGUGAUCAAGAAAUUUAUGGGGUUAUGGACUUUAAUGAUCAAAUCUGUUGGCUUGUGCCUUUCUGUGGCAUCUGCACGGAAGAGAGAAGUUCUCUCUGCAGCAGCAGCUGCUGGGAUAUCAGUGGCAUUUGGAUCACCCAUAGGAGGUGUACUGUUCAGCCUUGAGCAACUAUCCUAUUAUUUUCCUGAUAAAACCAUGUGGCAGAGCUUUGUUUGUGCUAUGGCUGCAGCAAUCUCUCUGCGCGCUGUCAACCCAUUCCGUACGGGGAACAUCGUCCUUUAUCAAGUCACCGAUUCUCAGAGAUGGCAUCCUAUCGAGAUUUUACUAUUCAUUCUCCUAGGCAUAUUUGGAGGCCUAUACGGCGGACUUUUCAUCAAACUCAACAUGCAGAUUUCUAAAUGGCGAAAGUCUCGAAAUUUUUCCUUCCCCGUAUUAGAAGUCCUCUUCGUGGCCCUUUUAACAGGCCUAAUCAACUUCCCAAACUCCUUUAUGAAGGCACAGCUAUCAGACCUUUUACAAGCUCUUUUUGCGGAAUGUUCCAAGACCCCAGCGGAUGAAUUUGGCCUGUGUAAGGGUAAUUCUGACUUUGCUGGAGUGUUUUGGGCCUUAGUGUUUGCUGGAACUCUCGGGUUCUUGCUUGCAUCUAUCACAUUUGGACUGGAUAUUCCUGCCGGCGUGAUCCUCCCGUCCCUUGCCAUCGGUGCAUUGUACGGUCGAGCUCUGGGCACCAUGGUUAGUGUUUGGCAAAAAUCGCAUCCAAACUCCCUACUUUUUAGUGAUUGUGAACCUGGCGCACCAUGCGUUACGCCCGGUACGUAUGCAAUUGUUGGAGCAGCCGCUGCUCUAGGAGGGGCUACUAGGAUGACUGUGUCAAUCGUCGUUAUCAUGUUUGAGUUAACCGGGGCUCUGACACAUGUGAUUCCAAUUAUGAUUGCAGUUAUGCUUUCCAAAUGGUGCGGUGAUAUAUUUGGGAAGCGAGGCAUCUAUGAAUCCUGGAUACACCUAAACGAAUAUCCUUUCCUUGACCAAAAAGACGACACUCCACCUCCAGAUGUACCAGUCAGCCAAGUUAUGACUAGCAUCAAUGACCUUACGGUGAUCACCGCCGUAGGCCACACCGUUGAAUCCCUGAGAAAUUUACUUUCCAGUACCUCGUACCGAGGAUUCCCUGUGGUAUCAGACAUGGCCAAUCCGACGCUACUUGGAUAUAUAUCCCGCAAUGAAUUGUCAUAUGCGCUUAAUGUCUCUUCUUCCCGCCAUUCAGGAAGUCUCUCCCCGGAAACCCAGACCUUUUUCUCACAUCAGCCUUUUGCUGAUCCUGCCGAAACUCUUGACCUUCGACCGUGGAUGGACCAGACGCCCAUCACUAUGAAUAUUCAUACCAAUCUCCUGAUCGUACUAAACAUGUUUCAAAGACUUGGUCUGAGAGGGAGACUAGAGGGGUUCUUGACAAAGAAGGAUAUCUGGUAUAUUCUUAACGAGUCAUCUAAAGCAGACCCUACCUCGGGAAUUGGCGGAGGUAUAUUACAGGCAGAUGGCACGGGGGAGGCGCGAGGUUUACUAUCCCGCGCCGACAACCCGAUGCUUGUCAGCCCCGUUGAUGAUGGUAAUAUGUUAUGA